AAUGGGCGGUGGCGGAGCAUGUGUGUGCCGCUGAGGCUGCCGCGCGCCCGGGACGCGGAGAGUGCAUGCCUCUCCCGGGCCAGACGGUGAGGCCGGAGAGGACGUGGCGGCGGCGGCGGAGGGGAAGAGCAGCGGGAGACAGGCUGGGCAUCCCUCUCGGGGGCUGGAGGGCCCCGGCUUGGCGGGGGUUAUGGCAUCGCUUGCGGACCGAAUGCGAGGCAACGGGCGCAUCGCCGCUGGGCUCCUGCUCAACCUACUGGUGUCCAUCUGCAUCGUGUUCCUCAACAAAUGGAUCUAUGUGCACCACGGCUUCCCUAACAUGAGCCUGACCCUGGUGCACUUCGUGGUCACCUGGCUGGGCUUGUACAUCUGCCAGAAGCUGGACAUCUUUGCCCCUAAAAGUCUACCGCCUUCCAAACUCCUCCUCCUGGCCCUCAGCUUCUGCGGCUUCGUGGUCUUCACCAAUCUCUCUCUGCAGAACAACACCAUAGGCACCUAUCAGCUGGCCAAGGCCAUGACCACGCCGGUCAUCAUAGUCAUCCAGACCCUCUGCUACAAGAAAACCUUCUCUACCAAAAUACAGCUCACGCUGAUUCCUAUAACUUUAGGUGUAAUCCUAAAUUCUUAUUACGAUGUGAAGUUUAAUUUCCUUGGAAUGGUGUUUGCCGCUCUUGGUGUUUUAGUUACAUCCCUUUAUCAAGUGUGGGUAGGAGCCAAACAGCAUGAAUUGCAAGUGAACUCGAUGCAGCUGUUGUACUACCAGGCCCCAAUGUCCUCCGCCAUGUUGCUGGUCGCCGUGCCCUUCUUUGAGCCAGUGUUUGGAGAAGGAGGAAUAUUUGGCCCCUGGUCAGUGUCCGCAUUGCUUAUGGUGCUGCUCUCUGGAGUAAUAGCUUUCAUGGUGAACUUAUCGAUUUAUUGGAUCAUUGGGAACACAUCACCAGUCACCUAUAACAUGUUUGGACACUUCAAGUUCUGCAUUACUUUAUUUGGAGGAUAUGUUUUAUUUAAGGAUCCAUUGUCAAUUAACCAGGGUCUUGGCAUGUUAUGCACAUUAUUUGGCAUUCUCGCCUAUACCCAUUUGAAACUCAGUGAACAGGAAGGAAGUAAGAGUAAACUGGUACAGCGUCCAUAAUUGGGUUUUGGUGGAGAAAAGAAAGCCACCCCAAGAAGAUAAAAAAGUGUUAAUUCAGUGUGCAAGUUACUUUCAAAGAGGAAGAAAUAAUUAUAUUGCAAAAUUCAUUGAAUGAUGGUUUGCAAGUAGGACAAAGGACAUUUUAUUCAUAAAUAGGACUUUCUCUUUUAGAGUACCUCUAAGACCACAGCUCCCUGCUUCUUUUCAAAGAUUGAUUAUAUGAAGUCUCUAGGAUGGUUUGAUUAUGCCAAAUAAAAUACGUGAAAUUGAAGUUCUGUAAUAGUGACAGAGGGAUCCAGAUCACUGUACUACCAAUGUGUUGUGGUUUGUAGGUGUCCAUACCCUUCUAAGGAAGGACAGGGAGGACUCCUCUGCUUGCUCAUAGGUGGCCCCCAGUGUGAGCUCUUUUAUAAUUUCAGCCAAAGCGUUCAAGUCAGAAUUUAAAUCUAGCAUUUCUCUUUUAGUUGGUUUAGUACAACUUCCUGCUUAUUUCGCUUACAGAAAUGAAAUAUCAGUCGUAGAAAGCAAAGUGUAGGAGAGAAGACCCUAAGAGAAAAUCCAAAUCUAAAAGUACCGUAUUUCCAGUAGAAAAUUGAUAUAAGAAGUUACACAUUAUCCAGAAAACUACGGUUGCUAUAGGUGUUCGCUUGUUUCUGAGCUCUCAGUGAACUCUAGAAACUGUAUGUGACAUUGAAAAAUAGAAUAGCUGCAUGUUUAAAUGGCCCAAAGAGGAGACUCUGCAUGGAACUGAGCAGGUAUCUUAUCCCUCCUCCCUGCUAUCACCCCCUGCCUCCCACAUUGGAGGCAGGCCUGGAGCUUUCUUUGGCACUAAAGGCUUUGUAGUGAACUCUCUUUCUACGGUGGCUGAGGAAGAUUUUCAUGCAGCAAGUCAGGGCAAAUACUAUCCAAACAUUAAGGAGAAACUUGGUGAAAAUAUGAGGAAAGAUUUUAAAGAGAAGUAGAAAAAUAGUCAAUAUUUAACCAGUUCCAUUAGUUUUUAAAGGGAUCAUUUUUUAAAAUUAGGUUACAAGGAAAAUACAGGGUUUCCACUUAAGGAAAUGUAGUGUCACACAUUUCCUUGCAAAAUGUGUUUCUGCCUUCCAGCUUCUUGAUAGUUGAGCAUUAAAAGCUGUUGUUAACUUCUCACGAUAAAUUGACUGAGACAGUCCCUCUUGUAAUAAAUCUUUUAAAAAUAUUACAUAUAAACUUUAAAUGAAAAAACAACUCUUAAGACAAAGAGCCACAUAUAAAAAAUAGACCUUUUAGGGUUUUGUUUUUUUUUUUCCUGGCCUGUUUGAAAGGAAAAGCCUCACUGAAAAUCUGUUUUGACAGAAUUUCAAACUAUCGGUCAGUUAUCAGGUGACCAGUAUGUGUGAUUUUCUGUUUUUGUUUUAAAUAUUCUUUGGUUCUCAGUUUCUAAAGAUAUAUUUUAUUGUGCUAAGAAUUAUGAAGCAAUCUGUCUUACCAGAUGAGUCUCAGGCAUUAUGUUUGUCUAAGAAAUGUUCUCUGUGUGUGUUUAAUAUAUAAUUAUUUCCCCAAAGCUGGAGAAAAGUAUUUCUAUGCAGUGAGGAUUAUGUGACUUCUGCACACAGACAGCUGAGUUGAUUUGUGCUAUGUGGAAAUUCUUUUAACUAUAAAUACUUGGGGGGUAUAAUCAAUGUUGGGGUGGGUUAUAAUAAAUGACUGCUAUCAAUAGGAAUGCAAUAAAAAGACUAGAGCAAGAUAGGGUAAGGGUAUGUGUAUAUAGAAGUGAAUAAAAUAUGUACUGGAACUGGAGUCUGAUCAACGUUUUUUGUCCUGAAGAUGAUCUUCGCACUGAAAAGGAAAUCCCUCGGGGAAAUGACCAGGCCCAGUCACAGAAACAAACCAGAAACAGUGCCGUGGAUGAACACCCACUGUCCUUUUGUUACAGAUGUAACUGUACUGGUUUUUAAUUCUAUGUUAAAUGGCCGAACUUCAGUUUUUAUCUGUUACAAAUAAAGAGAACCUGAUAUUUUUA